AAAAGAGGAGAAGGAGUGUGAAUUGGUGGAAGUGUAGUGCUGUUGGUGCUACUGUGAGGUUUGGCUUCGCUCUGUUUGUCUGCGAAAAGUUUCUCCAGCAUCAUGGGAAUCAGAAAGAAGAACAAUAAAACUCCUCCGGUCCUGAGCCACGAGUUUGUGAUCCAGAACCAUGCAGAUAUCGUGUCAUGUGUGGCCAUGCUCUUCCUCCUGGGACUCAUGUUCGAGAUCACAUCAAAGAUUGCAGUUUUGUUCAUAACGGUGCAAUACAACGUCACACUAACAGCAAACGAAGGUACCGAGGAGACGCCGGUGAACUAUUUCCACCAUGGCCUGAAGGAUGUGGCCACCGUCUUCUUCUACAUGCUGGUGGCCAUCAUCAUGCACGCCAUCAUCCAGGAGUACAUCCUCGACAAAAUCAACAGGAAGAUGCACUUCUCCAAAACCAAACACAGCAAGUUCAACGAGUCAGGCCAGCUCAGCACUUUCUAUCUGUUCUCAUGCUUGUGGGGAACCAGCAUUCUGAUUUCUGAGAACAUCCUGUCGAACCCUGUCAGUCUGUGGGAAGGCUACCCACACACGCUGAUGCCGUUCCAGAUGAAGUUUUACUACAUCUGUCAGCUGGGUUACUGGUUCCAUGCUCUUCCUGAACUCUACUUCCAGAAGAUCAAGAAAGAGGACAUUCCCCGUCAGCUGGUUUACAUCAGCCUGUAUUUGGUCCACAUCGCAGGCGCUUACAUCCUCAAUCUGAACCGUCUGGGUGUGGUGCUGCUCGUGCUACAUUAUUUUGUCGAGUUGCUCUUCCACGUGUCUCGUAUCAUUUACUUCAGUAAUGAAGAGAGACAAGCAGGGUUCUCAGUGUGGACUGUCCUGUUCGUCCUGGCCCGCUUAUUGACUCUGUCUCUCUCUGUCCUCACUGUGGGGUUCGGUUUGGCCGGAUCUGAACGCCAGGGUCUCGACCUGGCCGAGGGAAACUACAACGUGCUGUUCGUCAGAGUGACUGUCCUGGCUGCAAUCUGCAUCACUCAGGCAUUCAUGAUGUGGAAAUUCAUCAACUUCCAGCUGCGGCGGUGGAGAGAACACGCUCAGACUCUAUCCUUAAAGAAGAAAUCUUCCUCCUCAAAGGGCAAGUCCAGGAAAGCCAACGGUGUGAACGGAUCACUGAGUGCCAACGGAGCCGAUUCUCCCAGAGCCAGGAAGGACAAAUCAUCUUAAAUAGACCCCGCUGUUCAUUUCAUUCCUCCUCCUUCUCUCUCUCUCUCUCUCUCUCUCUCGCUAUCAUUCCCAGCUCUGUGCUUCAGUCCUGCCUUUUUUGUGUUGGUGGUGUGUGUGGUUUCUUUGUUUUGUUUGUUUUAAAUAAAUAAUUGCAUUGUACUGCACGAUUAGCAUUUCCCAGCUCUCAUACACCUGAUUACACUCACCAGUAAGCAUGUGCCAAUAUUUUCAUAUGAUACAUUGCUGGAACGUUUCCUCAGUGACGGGGCUUGCCUUCUCUGUAACGGAGCUGCAAAAUAAAAGACCUUGGAAGAUUUUUUUUUUUUUGCUGUUUUUACGAAUAAUGGAUCUGUAUAUCUUCUCAGAAAUGCUGCCUAUUUUUCACAAUUGUAAUAUAUAUUUUUGUAUUACACUGUAUAAGCCAUUAAUGGCACAUGUCUGCUUGUCAGGAAAUCAGUGAGCUAAAUGUGCAUAGGAAUAGCUGGGAAAUGUGCUGUGCACAGACUCGGGAACUGCCCUAUAAGCUUUUGUACACAGUAGGGAGGCUACUUCAUAACAAAGUGCCCUUUUUAAAGCCGGGUGCUGAAUACUGUAUUGCACAGAGCUGUCUGUUCAUCACAGGGCGUGGGCUUAUUUGUUUGUUUCUGGCUUUUUUUUUUCUUCUCUUUUUAAUAAUUACUUUAACCUCCCUGAUUAAAAGGGUCCAAAUGCUACACGCUUUAAGCUGCAUUCUGCAUUUCCCAGGAUUCAUCAGUGCCAGUGCGAAAGGCCAACAAACACUUCAAGUGCCUGAUUAUACCAAAAUUGUAUGGACAUUUAAACAGGUUUAAAAAAAAAAAAUCAGUACAUACUGUGUUAAAAGGUGCAAGUGGUCUGUCAAGAUUGUGUGUGUGUGUAUGUGUAAUUCCUUGUUUGCAUUUGCUUAAUUUGUCAUUAUUAUAAUAAUAAUUUGCCCUGAUCACGUGUAACCUUUUAGAAAGUGCAUUUAAUUUGACACCCUGAGUCCUUAUUUGCACUGCAGUGCAAACACGGACAAACGGGGGAAUAUGUUAUGGAUUUAGGAAAAAAUAAUUAGCCUUUUUUUGUUCCGUCCAUGCAAUAAUACUUUGAUAGUUUGCAUUUCCACCAUCAUAUUCUUAAGAAUUAAUUUUGUUCUACGAAAAGCCAAACGCAUUCAAUAAAAUACAAAUUGAAACUGG